AUGCACAACAUACAAAGAGGUCAAACCCUAGACCAUAGCUUUGUCAUACAAAUAAAAUCCAAUAUUGAAGAACCAAAAAAUUCUUCUAAUAAGUUCAAGUUAAACUUUUCAGCUAUGAAACUUUUUCAUCGUUUCCGGAAAGUGCUUAUGCGUUUUGUUUUCUCUGGAAACUCUCAUCAUAGUUCUUCAACAAAGGAUCAUUCAUCAAGGCAUAAAAAUUCUGAAAGGUUUGAACCACCAAAGACUUCAUGCAGUUCUUAUUAUUCAUCUUAUUCUCAUUACAAUGAAGCUAUUUCUGAUUGUAUUGAGUUUUUCAAUAAAGAAGGUGUUUUGGAUGGUAGAAAAUCAGAUUUUAAUGUGUAA